AUGCCUUCAACACCCAACUCUAUUAAAAUUGUCACGGGCAAUUCCCACCGUGACCUUGCGGAAAAGGUUGCCGCCAAGCUCGGCAUGAAGGUGUCGAAAGUGGGCCCUUUUCAGUUCUCCAAUAAAGAGACCGCUGUGGCCGUGGGUGAGUCCAUGAGAGACGAGGAUGUGUAUGUGAUUCAGACGGGGUAUGGUGAAACGAAGAUUAAUGAUUACUUGAUGGAGCUUUUUUUUCUUAUAAAUGCAUGCAGAGUGGGUGGAGCUAGGAGGAUUACUGCUGUUAUUCCUAACUUCUUCUAUUCUAGACAGGAUAAGAAGGAUAAGUCUAGAGCUCCAAUCACUGCCAAGUUGAUUGCCAACUUGUUGCAAACAGCAGGCUGCCAUCAUGUUAUAACGCUUGAUUUGCACGCUUCUCAGAUCCAGGGUUUUUUUAGAGCUCCAGUGGAUAACUUGUACGCUGAACCAUCUACAUUGCGUUUCAUCAAGGAAAAUUAUAAUACUGAAGACUUGACGAUCGUGUCGCCAGACGCCGGUGGAGCCAAGAGAGUUGCUUCUAUUGCUGACAAACUAGAUACUCCAUUUGCUUUGAUCCAUAAGGAAAGACAGAAAGCUAACGAGGUCUCCAAAAUGGUUCUCGUUGGUGAUGUCGCUGAUAAAACAUGCAUUCUUAUUGAUGACAUUGCAGACACUUGUGGAACGCUUUGUAAGGCUGCUGAGGUGCUUCUAGAGAAUGGCGCCCUUAAAGUCAUUGCAAUGGUGACCCACGGUAUUUUCUCCAAGAACGCUAUUGAAAAAUUGAACAAUUCCAAACUAGACAAGAUCAUUUGCACUAACUCCUUGCCUUUAGAAGACAAGUUGGAAAGAUGUCCUAGAAUUGAAAUUUUGGACAUCAGUCCUACUUUGGCUGAAGCCAUUAGAAGGUUGCAUAACGGUGAGAGCGUGUCCUACUUGUUUAAUCACGUUCCAGAGUAG